AUGCAUAUUAGCCAUCCAGAAUUGUUCCGAUACCAUCAGUCCCCGACUCAUUCGCCGAAAGUGUAUCAUGCAGGCCAAGUGCCGACAGGAGCAGUUCUUCAUAUAGCACCGACUUCGGCAUUCGAUUCAGCAGUUUUCACACUAUAUCAAAUGCUUCAUACUUUCCUUUGGAGAAAUACCCGUAGUGAAGGUUUUUCCUCGUGUUCGAAAUUCGAAUUACAAGUGAAAGAUGCCACUCCAGGUGCCUACAGCAUUGCCUCUCAGAUGAGCAGAAUCCCUUCCAUAGACCGAUGCCCUGUGAUUCUAUCCAAGGUUUGGGAGAUGUCAGUCCUCUCAACAUUCAAAUACUGUAUAAGCGUGGAGAUUCUACAACCACCUGGACUACGUACUGAAAGUCUUACGGCAGUACCCUGA